AAUGCAAGUUUUAUUCCAUGGCGAAAUAUUUCCGCAAGAUGUUUAUAACACAUUAAUGACGUUAAUCGGCCGCAACCUGAAUUUUAUCAAGCGGAAUAUUGCGCCAAUAAUUUCAUAUUUGCGCCCUACGGUAGCGACCCAGAGCAGUUUAAUUAUACUCAACUGCCCGUUAUCGCAAGUCACCUGCCCGCCGCCUCGCUUAAGACGGUGGUGCACUUCGUUCAAAGAAUGCAAUCGUGCAAGUUUCGUCAAUAUGAUUACGGUGCCAUGAAAAAUCUCAUAAUCUACAAGUCGGUGGAACCUCCAGAGUACAAUUUAUCAAAUAUCGCACUACCGAUGGCGAUAUAUUACGGCAACAACGACUUGAUGGUAGUUCCCAUUGAUGUGAAGAAGUUCUACGAUUUACUGCCCAACAUAAUAGAUUUCUACGAAGUGCCAUGGCCCAAUUUUAGUCACGCGCACUUUAUAUUUGCUAAUGAUGCGCCUACAUUUCUGGGAUCCUUCAGCAAAUGACGAACUCCGACAAAAUAGCAGCACACAUAUCCAAAAUAUGCACGUGUACAUAUAUACAAAUCGUAUUCCUAAUUACAAUUUUUAUUAGACUUCUAAUCUAGGUUGAAAGGAUAACAGUGCUUCCUUUCGUGUCUUCGAAUCCCAGGGAAUGUGCAUUUUUAUUCGUACAAAGUGCAUAUGUUUUAUAUAAAGCACAUAUUAUAAGAUUCACACACAUGAGAUUGUUUAUUAGUUUAUUGUUAUAUUCUGCUUCCAUCUAUCUGUAAUUUCUUUUUUCAUUAGUGUAACAUCACAACAAGUGAACGAUGCAAUGCAGCAUUAAUAAAUAGUGAGUAGAAUGUUAA